UUCAGUAUUUUACUGUCCGUAAUAUCGAGCGAGGUGUCCGUUGUAGCGGGUGUCCGUAAGUCAGAGUUCUGCAGAGUUGACUGUAUUACAAAAUCAUGUAUAAUUUAUCRAUUGAGUAGUUCAGAAAAUGACUUGGCAAUCUGUCAGCUAGGCGUACUUGCUCCAAGACGUUCCACGGCGAAAGUCAGAUUUCUGGUAAAUUUGUGAGGAAGUUGUCCUCUUCUCCAAAACACUGGGUCAAGAAUUAUGAACCAGUGGAUAGCUCUUUCAGCAUUGUUCCUGCUCAAUCGUUCCACUGCGUAUCAACAGUAUUUCCAAAUUACAUCAUCUAUUGACGAUGAGCAACAGUACGCUUACGGGUACACUCUGGACGGGUCAGUAUACAGAUCAUUUGUAAGCGAGGGCAGCUCAUUUUGUUGGGUCGAGUGCACAAUAGACGAGCUUUGCAAAGGAUGGAACUACGAUAUGAAGACAGGGCUGUGCGAGUUAAACAAGCACAGUAGAUACAUUGCUCUUCCUAAAAAUUACCAUGAAAAACACAACAGCAUUCACUAUUCAGUCCCUGGUAUUCCAGCUGAAUGUAAAACAUACAGAAACUUCACUGAGAGGGAUCGAAAUAUCAAGAACAAUAUCAUUGGCAAAGGAUGUGACAGUAGGAUUMAAAACGGCUGGUACAGAUUUGUUGGCGAAGCAGGGUCACGGCUCCUUGACUCGUGUUCAAAAAAAAAUUGCAAAACUGAUUUUCGAAUCUGGAUGAAAGGUGGGCAGCCUAACAUUGGAGAUAUCAGAGUUACACGUAAAACAUGUAAAACAGCAGGGGGUGGUUGCUGUUUAUGGCCUCGAAACAUUCUGACGACAAAUUGUGGAGCCUUCAUUGUAUAUCAAUUAUCUCGUACAAACUGUUAUGUUAGAUACUGCGGUAUGGAUUGAAAGCCAYGAGAAAUAUAAAAGAUAAAUUCGUUGAAAACUGAUAUCUUGGUCU